AUGGCAUCAUCUCCAUCCGCUGUCCGUUUGCCUUAUGACCACUACGCUAUUAUCUAUAUCGACAAUAAGGGCAAGGUCGAGGUUCAUGAGUCCUCUUCAAUCAAAGAGCAAAAUUCGACCCUUUUCACCCCGGAGGUCCGCAAGAAUUUCGUUGAGAUUCUUGGCGAGAGAGUGAACAUCAAGCCUAGCCGCCGGAAUCCUCGCCGCCGGAAUUCUCGCCGGGGUCGUCGCCGCCAAGAUGCAUCUGAACGCUCUCCUACGUCUAAUGACAUGGUUUCUAUUGAAGUGAAAGAUACUCAAAAGGUCCUGAGCUACUAUGAAGCUGCCCUGAGGUUCCUCCAACAAUACAACUGCAAUGAGAUCGCUAAAUCAUUCAUCAAAUUAAUCGAACCCAACAAGCCAAGACAUCACCCUUACAACGGAGGAAAGCCUCCACCAGGAUCUGCUCCCGGGGCUAAGGGUGACCCAGAAAAAAACAAGCCAGCGUGGUGGCCCUCGGAUGUUAUGCACAAGCAUCCUGACUACCUUGGAAAAGAGGAUCGCAUCAAGCUACUGCUGCACAUCAUUUGCAAACUUGUUCCCUAUCAAAUUACUGCAGAUAAGCUUAGGAAGGCCGUCGAUGAUACUAAGCAUAACCUAAAGGACCCAUCCCGCGUUAAGUCCAUCUACGACGUCCUGCGGCUGAGAAAGACGGAAGAGCAAUUCGAGGCUGGUAAAGUUGAUGGCAGCAAGGUUGUCGUUGUCCCGUAUCGAGAGAUCAUUCCCAAGAGUGAAGGAGGGGAGGACAAAGACUCAAUAAAACUUGAAUCAUCCGUUGAGCAGCCUACUCCAUCGGAUACCCGCAUCAAAGGCGUCACUUCUUCCAGAAACGUCUCUAAGGAUGGCCUCAAUAUCCAUAGCGACCCACAAUACCAAACAUACUACACCGACCCUCUCCAAUGCACAGUUUUGUCCUCCCAAUCUCUGCUCAGCACCCCCGUAACCGCAAACAUGAUCAACCCGUAUCGUGUCUCGGUUUUUGACCACGGCCAGAACCUCCCUAUCUCGAGUUCAGACCAUAAGCGCUCCAUCAAUGGCGACUACGGCCCCUGGGAGACAGCGAACCUUAGCCAGGAUGCCGUCGACCUCGACGACUACGGCCUUCCAUCACGCAUUCAAGUUGCCCCUUCCCAGGCAUACCACGUGCUCACGACACCAACGAUACGUCUUUACAAUAUGUCUCAUGCCCAGUCCCCAGUGAAUCCGAUGAUAUAG